UCUACGCCAACAAUUACGCUGUUAAUAACUAUGAUAACUACCAAGAGUUUAUCAUCCAUUGGAGAAUUGAGCGUCAUAAAACACAUAAAACAAUACGAAGAUGAUGAUACACUUUUGAUAACCACGCAGAUUAAUAAAACGAAUUACAUCUAUCUUUUUGCAAACAGGAGCAUAGUAACGGUUGAUUAUAAUUUUACUUGGCCACGGACAAUACAAGCUGGAGAUUUUCUAGCUAAUGUCAAUAGAAAUGAACACAACGAAGAACACAUACCUGAUAUUCAAAUAGUGGAUAAAGAUCUAGAAGGUUACAGGUGCAAAUUUGAUUUUAUUGAUAAAACUGUUAAAAGUGAAGUUAUAAAUAUGAAAUUUGAUGAAUUGAAUCAAAAGAAUGAA